AUGGAGGAGUGUAAUUUGUUCCUGGUGAGUCUGGUGUUGGCUGACCUGGUGGUUGCCUUGUAUCCCUACCCACUAAUCCCUGUGGCCAUCUUCAUGGGGGAGGCGCACUGCAAGGCCAGUGCCUUUGUGAUGGGCCUGAGCGUCAUCGGCUCUGUCUUCAACAUCACCGCCAUUGCCGUUAACUGCUAUUGCUACAUCUGCCACAGCAAGUCCUACCACUGGAUAUACCAGCCCUGGCACAUGCCGCUCUGUAUCUGCCUGGUCUGGCUCCUCACCAUCGUGGCCUUGGAGCCCAACUUCUUUGUGGCGUCGCUGGAAUAUGACCCACGUAUCUACUCCUGCACCUUCAUCCAGGCAGCGAGUGCCCAGUACACUGUGGCUGUGGUGGUCGUCCACUUCCUCCUCCCCAUCACUGUGGUGUCCUUCUGUUACUUGCUCAUCUGGAUGCUGGUGCUCCAGACCCACAGGAAGGCCAAGUUGGAGAGAAGCAACGUCCGGAGCUUUUUCACUAUGUUCGCAGUGUUUGUGAUCUUCGCCAUCUGCUGCGCCCUGCUGAACUGCAUUGGCCUCACUGUUGCCAUCAACCCAGAGGAAACGAAUUCCCAGAUCCGGGGCCUCUUUGACGCCAGCUACUUCUUGGCUUAUUUCAACAGCUGCCUUAAUGCCAUCGUUUAUGGGCUCCUGAACCAGAACUUCCUCAGGGAAUACAAGAGGAUCCUCUUGGCCCUGUAGAGCCCACCACACUGCUUUCUGGAAGCUUCCAAGGGUGGCCAUGACGAGGGCCUGCAGAGCCAAGCCCCACCUGCUAUUAAGGACCAGCACCCUCUCCAGGCAGAUGCUCUCUACCCUGGAUCUGAGGCACACCAGCUGGGGCAACAAAGCCAGGAAGCCGUGGGAGCAGAUUUGCUCAAAGGAUGA